GUCAACGUCAGUGAUUUAGUACGACACAUUUUCAGUCCGGACUCAGUUUUCUGGCAACUUUCAUUCUGGGCGAAAAGCAGCAGCGGGUGGAGGGAUGAGCCACUGUCCUCUGACCAUUCCUGAUUUGCAGGAAGCAAGCAAUGGGUUGGAAACAUCUGACUCUCCUAAGACCUCUGAUUGGUCAGGACCUCAUGGUUUUACCCCACAGGGUUUAAAGUUAAGAGAUGUGGCUUAUUUUUCCGAGCAAGAACCUCACGAGGGGAAGCCUGCCCUGUCAGAGACUCUUACACAGACACUUGACCACAUGAACUAUGGAUGCAGAGAAGCACAUACACUCCAAUCACACACAGUACACUCAGACGAGUCGUUAGUUCAAAACACCACACACAUACACUUGCCAACUGAAGAUGGCACACACAAGGACAAACACUCAUCUGAGACAGAACCAACACAAGCUUGCUCCAAAAGAGAACUGGAAGAAUGGAGAGGAGGAGGAGAAGAGGAGGAAGAAGAAAAGAGGGACGAUGAAGAGGUGAACAAUAUUGACAAGAGUGAGUUCAAGCAAAGGAAAGAGACUCUCAUUUCUGUACAGCCGGUUGAUGUACUCUCAACAGUACACCCUCCCACUCACUCUGAAACGUAUAAAUGGUCCGAUCCCUAUUUGUCUUCCUCCAAUGAUGAAGUCCGAACAAAUACUUCCAUUUCUUCUGAUGAGGCCCCUCCUCUUCUUCCAGCCCCUCCCCCUGACCAGGCCACUGCCACUCUGGUGCCAGGCCUUGAUGAUUCACAGUGCCCUGCUCAUGUGAUGGCAGAGGUGCGUGUGCGGUCUUUGCCAGAGCGGGAACAUAUCGUGCGUGGCAUGCAGGACAGUAAGAGCCUGGAUGAGAUCAGUGGGGCAUGUGGAGGCGCGACUAGAGGUGUGCAGGUGGAGGGACGCCGAGCCACCAUAUCCAGUGCCCUUGAACUGGAGGGAACUGUCAGUCAUGAUGGAGAUCUGACACACUUCAUCGCCAAAAAUCUUGAACAGAAGAUUAAAAUGAGCUCGCGGCUGAGUCUGGACACAGACUUGGACUGCUCAGGGCCGGUUGUACGUGGACGUAGCUCUCUGCGUCGGCCUGCUGAUAUUCCACCCAUUGACCCAUCAGUGCUAGUGGACCUGCAGAAACACACACAGGAAGUGGCCCAAAGUGUAGAACUGAUGCUACGAAGCCUCAAUGGAACCAUACAGAAUAUGACUGCAUUAAGUGUUGGUUAUAUCCAGACCUACAGAGACUCAGUGGACAGUUUGGGAGAGUCAGUGGACAUGAGUAUAAAGGGAAUGUACACACUCAUGGCACGGUGUGAGGAGUUAGAUCGCUCCAUGCAACCUAUACAUACACUUGCUGCUCAGAUCAGAGAUAUCAAACGAACCCUCGAUGUCCUGGAAGCCAUCUGCAAGUAACUAUGGCAUCAAACCACACCCUUAACAAGUCAAAAUUCCAACUCGCUUUGGAUAUAAGCUGUGGCUGCGCCCUCUGCAGUCAUUCUGCUAAAUACCGUGCAAUGGAAUCAUUUAGCUAAUUCUAAUGUUUCCAAGCCAUGCUCUGCAAGUGCUUGUCCCCUUAGAGACAGCUUGGUUCUUGCCCUUCCCCCUGGAGGCCACAUCUGUAAGCACCUCCUUUUGUUGCAGUUCCUCUUCUCUAGAAUAAUUGCCAUGGGAAAUGGUAUUGAGUCCUCCCUGUGAUUCACACCGAAGGACUAUGUGUUAUUGGCCACUGAUUGUUGUUAGUGUUGCCCCUGUUUAUGAAGUGUGUAAGUGGGGUGUUCUGACAGAUUAUGCCAUUUCUACCUGUAAUGGCCUCUAAUCUAAGACAUAGAGUAGUAAUGUAUGUAACACCAAUAUUUGCCAGUUUGUGUAUCAACAUUAAUUGAAAGCGAUGCUCCGUGGAUACUUGUAUAUUACAGAUGUCUGUCUUUGCAGGAUGGAUGCUAUGCAUCCCAGAUCAGCUCCUGUUACCACCUGUUAAAACAGGUAGGUUUUAAUGGAAGCACUGUUUUGGUUCAUCUUAGAAUUUUGGACUCUUCAUUGAGAGUCUUGACAAAUGUCUCAUGUUUUCUACAAUACAAGUGUUCAUCAUCAAAAAGAACCCUCAAAUAAGAGGGUCAAGAGAGAAUCAAGACAAAAAACAAAAACGGAGGAUGGGUGAAAGUUUUUUAAUGGUGAAAAUGAUCUGUACCUUUCUCUGUCUGAUCCUGUUUAAACAGCCUCUCACUCUUUCUCUCUUUAUCUUACUGUCUUGCUUACUCAAACCCUGAUUUUUAAAACAAUCUGUCAUUAAUGUAUAUUUUAAAUAAUGAUAUAUACCACAAUAAAUUUACUAGAACAAGCUACAUGAUUUCAGUGACUGAUUAGUACUUUU